GACAGAGUCAUGGUAGAACAAAAGAAUGCCAUCAAUGAGAUUUUUGGGGAUGGUAGUCUGUUGUCUGAUGGCCAGGGUUUUUGCGAGGAAUUUUCCAACAUAACCUUUAGAAUUAGCAAGAAGGCUUCUGCGAUGGCUAUUUUGAAUUGGGCCUAAUGUCUGCAUCAUUUCCUUUAGACUGUUGUGGCAAUUAUCUUUUCAUGUUCUGCUAUCUUCUCUUUUGAUGGUUUUCAUUUUGUUUCCAGGAGAUACAUUGGUCGGAGAGGUUAGCAGGCUUGUUGUUGCAGAAGCUUGCAUACAGGCAUUGGACAUAGAGUUUACUGAAGGUCAAAUUUAUGAAAUCAACUCAGUUCAGGGGGAAGGACCAGGAAGAGAUCUGCAGAAGUGGCAGGAGUUAUUUAGAACUGCUCGUGCCCAAUGA